GCCUUGAGCGAGGCUCGGGUAGAGAGGCCGACCGUGCUGGAGUCGUCGGCUUGUGGAGGAAGCAGCUGGGAGCUGGCGAGAGCGUGAGCGGGCGGGCAGGCGGACGAGCGAGCGCAGGCGGGGGGGAGCGGCGCACGGCGCGGAGCAGCGCCUGCCCGGGCCGCGGCGGAGCCUCAGCCGGAGGGCAGCCCGAGCGGGCGCCUGGAUCCCCGCCCCCACUCGGCGGGGCAGUGCCCGGUGUUCCCCCGUGCGGGGGGCGGCGGCGGCUGAGCGGACCCCACGGGACCGCGCGGGUGUUGCCACCUCGGCCGAGGAGCCGGCGCGGCCGCGGGACCCUGCGAGCUGGGCCCGGGGCCCGUGACAGACGGGCCAAGGAGGGGAGAGAGGCGGCGGCGGCGCAGGCGACGGGGAGGCAGCGGCGGCGGCGACAACAUGUCAUCCCCCAGUCCCGGCAAGAGGCGGAUGGACACGGACGUAGUCAAGCUCAUCGAAAGCAAACAUGAGGUUACAAUUCUAGGAGGACUCAAUGAAUUUGUUGUCAAGUUUUAUGGACCACAAGGAACACCAUAUGAAGGCGGCGUGUGGAAAGUUAGAGUGGAUCUUCCUGAUAAAUACCCUUUCAAAUCUCCAUCUAUAGGAUUCAUGAAUAAAAUUUUCCAUCCCAACAUUGAUGAAGCGUCAGGAACUGUGUGUCUAGAUGUAAUUAAUCAAACUUGGACAGCUCUUUAUGAUCUUACCAAUAUAUUUGAGUCCUUCCUGCCCCAGUUGUUGGCCUAUCCUAACCCCAUAGAUCCUCUCAAUGGUGAUGCUGCAGCCAUGUACCUCCACCGACCAGAAGAAUACAAGCAAAAAAUUAAAGAGUACAUCCAGAAAUACGCAACGGAGGAGGCCCUGAAGGAGCAGGAAGAGGGCACUGGCGACAGCUCGUCGGAGAGUUCUAUGUCUGACUUUUCGGAAGAUGAGGCCCAGGACAUGGAGUUGUAGUAGAAAAGCAUCUGCUUUUCAGAAAGACUUAUUUCCUAACCAUGAGAAGCAGACUAUAAUAUUCAUAUUUAAACAAAGCAAUUUUUUUUAUUACUAAACAAGGUUUUUAUGAAUAAUAGCAUUGAUAUAUAUAUAUUAUAUAUCACCCUUUAGAUCUUGAUUUCUUGGUCAUUUCUCAACCUGAGGUGCAUAGCAUAUCCCCACAUUCCAUUUCGGUAGCAAUAUGCAGUCCGAAUGCAUGCAUUCAUAAGUCCAUUUGGCCAGGCCAGCCUGCGUGCUGCUCAGCUGUCAAGAAUUGCCGCUCCGAUAGGUAAACGUGAGGAAAACUAGCAGGAAAAGUCGCUUCUUUUUAUGGAUGGUUCCAAAGAAUUAAACCAGAUGUACCAGUUGUUGGAUGAAGACAGAACAGUGCUUUUCCAGGUGGAAGGGAAAGGCUGAGGAAGAGGCGAGCUCCGGAGCGUGUGAAGCUGGCCUGGCGCAGCCAGCUGCUCCCGAGAGCGACCGCAGUGGGUGACGGCAUGGGUUGGGUGAGAAGUGAGACUUAGAGCCUUUUUUUUUUUUUUUUUGACUCAAAUUUAGGUGCAUUUUUCUAGGUAGAUUCCUGGCCCUCUGUGCAACCAGACCUGUAGCCACAUUGGUUUUGCUUUGAAGACCCUUUGGGAAUGUUUUCUGAACCCAAAUCUUUUUCUUGGUACAGCUUGUCAUCCAGACCUUUUUUUUUUUUUUUUUUUUUUUUUGAGAGAGAGAGAGAGAGAACAGGACUGGAGGAGAAAAGGGGAGGCUGGUCCCGUUGGAGACCACUGCCCUGGACUGAACUGCAAAAACUGGAAGCAGUUUUUGUUUGGUGUUUUUCUUUUCUUUUGUUCCUUUAUAUUUUUCUAUUUGUGUGAAUUGAACUUAGGCAGGUUACAGAUUUAAUUUUACCUACCAAGAGACAGUCUCCUCCCUGGACAAGGCGCUCAGUGGACCUUCAGGUGGAGGGAGACUGGCCUGGAGGCUCGAGGCCUGCGCCGUCCUGUGAUCUCUUGGGUCUCUCUCUGGCAGCUGCUCCUGGCAGCAGCCCAGUUGCCCACCACUUAUAGCAGAGGGAAGUGUGGGUAUGUAAGACCCAAAACAUCCUAAUAUUUUUUAAAGACAUCCUAAAUUUACAAUGAGUAAGAAUUGAACAUUGUUGUACCCACAGUGGCUUGAGGUGGGAGAACCACUUUCUUCUGUGACUGACUAGGGAGGGUGUGAGCCAUGACAGGUUAUAGGCAGGUUGCGAGGGAGGACACUUUGUCCCUCCCGCAGGAACAGCAAGUCAGACAGCUGAAGCCUGACCUGCCGCUGCAGCCUCUGCUCAGCUACCUGCCACCCAGAGCGCCCAGCAGUUCCCAUCGGACUCUGGAAGGGAUUUGGAGAAAGUUUGGACGCCGGCUCUGUAUUCUUUUUGCCGAAACCGGAACAGUAGAAGUAGCCAAUCCUAAGAGCAUCUGAAGGCAGUGCGUGUCCAAUGUGUUUAGUGUAGGAGUGCUGGAUUCCAUAAGGUUAAGUCGGUGAACUGGGGAGACACCUCUCCUUUUUAAUUCAAAAAGCACAAUCAGUCUUUCCUUUGAAAAUCUAUAUGAAGUCCAACUUUUAGCAUGAUUAUUUUCCCAAAUAAAAAGACAAAUAAUCUACUUAUUCUAAGUUAAUUACAGGCAUGAAGCAAAAGGUUUUCUUUGGGGAAAUGGAGUUCUGUGGGGCUGUGGGUCGGUUCACUGUACUGUUCUCUUGGGCACCCUGCCUGUUGGAAGGCAGCUUUAACUGUAAUGCUGUGCUUACCUGCCGUGCUGUCUUCUGUUUGGGGGAAGGAGGGCCUCUGCAGGCACGUCCAGCUCGCUUCCCUGGAAGAGGGGCAGUUUGCUCAUGCCAUAACCUUACUGUAGGUGCUACUUAGGGUAGGCUUGAAGUGCUGGGUGGUGACUUUUGAGUUCAAACAAUAAAAAAUUGUAUUUUUUCAAUACUGUAUAAAAUAGUACUCUAAUUACCUUUCCCAAAAAAAAAAGGGGGGGGGGUCCUGAUGAUUGCUUUUGAUCUUGUUGAAAAAAAAAUAGAAAACAAAGAAUCCAACAAAGCCUGACAGAGUCAAUUUUAGGGAAUGGGCAUGAGCAGCUACUGCUCUGACUCUCACAAGAAUCCUCUCCCUCCCCUGCACACAGCAGCACACACUGAUGGUGCAGAACGGCCAUGCAGAGCCCAGGGCUGGAGGCCAGGACAGAGGGUUCCCAUCCAGGCGGUCAUGAUGGCCCCCAAUCACUACCCUCCGCUUCUGGCGCCAGUCCUGGCUCCAUGCUUGUUGCCGCGCUCUGGGCCUUGACUGUUGGGAAGUCGGCUUUGCAAGCUUUCUGACCCUUCCUUGCUUCUUGGUGAGGUAGGGCUAGAUGACCAUACCAUACCCAUGGGUGCAAAGGAUCAGAAAUGAAAGUCUGGCUGGGACUCUGAGGACUCCAGGUCCCCAUAAUAAAUGGAUGUGCUCUGGAGUUUGCCUCCUUGGUUACCAAAACCCUCUAGUUACCUGUGGAUGUACCUCCUAAUAACCCAAGGGGGCAUCGACCCCUUUGGAGGCUGAGCACUCUUUCCUUUGAGGGUUAGCAGUAAGUCGGAGCUGUUGCUGGCAUUUGCCCGCCCUUUGUCCCUACCGUUUUUGAAGUCCUACCUUAUGGUUUACCAGUGGAAGCCAUUCUUUGCCCCCAUUCAGACGACUGGAGCUCUUGCCAAACGCUGACGAGCAAAGUGGCUGCUGCCUGGCAGCCCAAACCUGCCACGUUCCUGUGCCCCCUGGAAGCCCAGGGCUGGGGCCAGUGGGCCGUGUUCUGUGGUUGCCAACGUAGACCCCAGCAGUUGACAUUUUUGUCAGUCUCCACCUUCCUCGAGACUGUGCAGCUUCAACCAGCAUCUCCUGUUGACGAGAGUCCUCAGAAGUUGCCACAUCUCUCCAGCUCAUGCUUUCGUCCACUUCAAGUGCUGUUCUGUUGCCAACUGGCUGAUCUGAGCCCCCGAGGGGUGUAUCUUCUCGGAGGAACUGUGCCCUGGAAGUUGGCCUUGACCUAAUACUUGGCAUUUUCUAAGCCACCUUUUGGGGUGGCUAAGAAUCAUGACAGAUCCCCUGCCAGUCUAGUUUCUGGGUCAGUUUUCCGAGAACUGGGAUUGGCCUCUCUGUUUUAGUGACUCAGAAAAGUGAAGCCAUUUACAAAAGUUAGCGGAGAGUUUUGCUUUGUUUUGCCCACUUCUAAUUGGGUCAGAGCCUUGCUGAGUGAAAACCAACUCGUUUCUGAUUGGGCACAAAGAACUGCUUUUCUUUUGGACUUCUGAAUCCAUGUUCACCUUCCUUUGGCCACUGAACACGUUGGCCAGCUCUUAGGGAUCGGAUGGAGUAAAGGCCCUCCCGGGGUCACAGGAGUGCAGCUUUCCACUUGCCUGAGGAAUGGCCCUGGCUCUUGGUUACUUGGCUGUGGGCGUGGGAAGAAAUGGCCUUCAGUUACUGAUUGUAUUUGGUACACUUUGUGUGAUACUUGAAGAGAUAAAAGGGACUUACCAGCCCUUAAUUGAAAUCUAAGCUUUUUACCGCUUUCCUCUCCUUGCCCUGUCUCCUCCCUCCCACCUUCUUUGCAUUGUGAUGGUCUAGUGGGCAUGUCUGUCACCUGGACAAAUGCCUCCUCUGACUAUAACCUCUUAAUAGUUGUGUAUAAUGAAAACUGUAAACUUUUUUAAAUAAAAUGUGUAUAUACCUUGGCAAA